UUGUCCAUACUGGUCUGCACAUCUACAGCUGAUUCCAGCUGAUUCAUUCGGUUGUUUACAGGAAUGAGGAUAAUAAAAUAAUACGUUUAGCAAUACGUGUCAUUGCCGAAAUUCUCUUAUCGAUACGCUCAAUUAUGGGAUGUUGUUACAGCCUCUGUAAGGAGGACAGCGGCCAGCAGAGUGGGGAAGCAAAUGAGAGAACACACUUGUUGAUAGAUCCAGUUAGUAAUAACACAAGUAUACCCAGAGUGCACAGCGAUGAUUAUGUUAACCAGUAUGCAAGCUCUGCACCCAAGAAGACAGAUGAGCAAAGUGCAUUGAAUAGAAUUUUACAUGAAACAGCAGCCAAUGUGAUAGAUGUUGGGGCAUUAGAUUCACAUAACUUGGAACAACAUGAAUAUGUGGAUAGAUCACGUGCAUAUUCCAAACGUAUUGAAGCUGGAGGACUUAAAGUCCCUGAUAGCACAUCUUGUCUGCUUAAAGAUAUUCCUGCUCCUGAAAGAAUAUUAGCUGCAGAUUCUCUUGGAUCUGGUGAUCAUGGACUGAUUACCGAAAUGCUCAAUAACGCUGUCACGGCAUUAGAAGAUGUAAAAGUUGAACACAAAGAGGACUUAGUAGUUCCUUUCUUAUCGUGA